CUGUAAUGGCGGAACACACGGAGGGAGAAAGCAUUGGUUUCAGUGCUAACAGUACCAGAAUGGCUCAGCAGCCAGUACCUCGCUUUCCUUCCUCUGCACCUCCCGCCAGCACAGGGAUCCAGCGCAGGCAGCCUUUAUUGAGCACCCCUGCUGCACCGCCAUUUGCAAUGAUGAGGGGUCCUCCACCUACAGCCCGACCCUCAUUUGGGCGGUUGCCCUUUGAUCCCAGCGUUCCACCACCCAUAGGAACGCCCCAUUUACAGAGACCACCAUUCAUACCUCCACCAGUGGGUACAAUGCCGCCUCCUCCUGGAAUGAUCUUUCCACCUGGAAUUCCCCCUACAGCCUCACCCGUUGCACCAUCGCUUCCCACUGCAGAGGAAAUAUGGGUGGAAAACAAGAGUCCAGAUGGAAAGGUGUAUUACUAUAAUGCUCGCACGCGAGAGUCGGCCUGGACAAAGCCAGAGGGCGUGAAGGUUAUCCAGCAGGCGGAGCUUACCCCUCUGAUGAUGAGCCAAGCAGCAGUGGCGGCAGCAGCCACGGGGCCAGGGGUCCCAUCCGCCGCCACCAGCCCUGGCCCUGGCCUCCCACCCGCGAGUGUCAGCACGACUCUUUCCCAUGUCAGCCACACUACCCAGGCCUCUCCCACACUCAUGAGCUCUACUCCCACCCCCAGCACGUCCAUAGUCUCGCCACUGCUACCUACGCCUGGAGCAGCUCCUGAAGGCGUAGAGCUGCCAUCCACUGUAACUGCGCCCCACAGCGUUGCGGUGACGCCCGUGGCUGCUGUCAACCCCGCUGCAGUAGCCGUGACGGUGACCACGGGACCACAGCCCCUUCCUGUGGCCCUACCCCACACGGUGCCACAGCCGGCUGCUGCUAUCCCCACCUUUCCCCCAGUGAUGGUGCCACCUUUCCGAGUGCCCGUGCCUGGCUUGCCUAUUCCACUGCCCGGUGUAGCAAUGAUGCAGAUAGUCAGCUGUCCCUAUAUAAAGACUAUCUCUCCCAGCAAGAACGGUAUGCUUCCUGGCAUAGCACCUCCUCUGUUACCCAUGAUGCCUCCCCAGAUGACAGUAGCAGCAGCUUCAUCCCCAUUGGCUCUUUCUGAAUGGUCAGAGUUUAAAACUGCAGAAGGGAAGUCCUACUACUACAACAAACGCACACUGGAGACCACCUGGGAAAAGCCAGAAGAACUGAGAGAGAAAGAAAAGGAGCUGGAGAAAGCCAAGGACCUGGCAGUAGAUGGUGAGAUCACUGAUCUUAUGGAGGUGGAAGAUGGAAGUCCCAAAAUUGAUCCACCCAAAGAGCAUAAAGAGGAGCUGAAGGAAGGGGAGAUGACGGAAGAAGAGAAAGUUGCCAAAAAAGCCAAACCUGUAGCUACAAACCCCAUUCCUGGCACUCCAUGGUGUGUUGUGUGGACUGGUGAUGACCGUGUGUUCUUCUACAACCCCACCACGCGCCUCUCCAUGUGGGAGCGACCAGAGGAGCUGGUGGGGCGCACUGACGUGGACAGGAGCAUCCAGGAGCCACCACACAAGAGAGCCCUGGACAACGGGCCCAAGCAGGCAAUCGGUAAGCAGGAACAAGAGGUUGUAGCUGCAGAUGACACACCAGAUGAUGAACCCAGCAAAGCCAAAAAGAAAAAACUGGAGGACAGGAAGGAGCUGGACCUGGAGAAAGAGGGAGCAGUGGAGGCUGAGCUGAGGGCAGCACGGGAGCGAGCUCUGCUCCCGCAGGAGACUCGGAUGUGCCAGUUUAAAGACAUGCUCCUGGAGAGAGGGGUUUCAGCCUUCUCUACCUGGGAGAAGGAGCUGCAUAAGAUAGUGUUUGACCCCCGCUAUCUGCUACUGAACCCCAAGGAACGGAAGCAGGUGUUUGACCAAUAUGUGAAGACCCGUGCUGAAGAGGAGAGGAAGGAGAAAAAAAACAAGAUCAUGCAGGCCAAAGAGGAUUUCAGGAAGAUGAUGGAGGAAGCCAGACUUGGUGCCAGAACCACAUUCAGCGAGUUUGCCGCCAAGCAUGCCCGGGAAGUGCGUUUCAAAGCUAUUGAGAAGAUGAAGGACAGGGAGGCCAUCUUUACUGAGUUCAUGGCCUCUCUGAGGAAGAGAGAGAAGGAGAACUCAAAGAACAGGGGAGAGAAGGUAAAGCAGGACUUCUUCGAACUGCUGUCUGAUUACCACGUAGAUGGCCAGCAGCGCUGGAGCAAAGUGAAAGAGAAGAUGGAGACAGACCCUCGGUACAAAGCAGUAGAGACAUCAGCCACACGAGAGGAACUGUUCAAGAGCUUUGUGGAGAAGCUCACAAAGAACUCAAACUCGGAGAAGGAGAAGGAGCUGGAGAAGCAAGCUCGUGUGGAGGCCAGCCUGCGUGAGCGUGAGCGUGCUGUCCAGCGCUUCCGCUCCGAGCAGACCAAGGAGAUCGACCGUGAGCGUGAGCAACACAAGCGUGAGGAGGCCGUGCAGCACUUCAAAGCCCUCAUGUCUGACAUGGUGAGGUCAUCAGAUGCCACCUGGUCUGAGACGCGACGAUCCCUGAGGAAGGACCACCGCUGGGAGUCUUCCUCACUGCUGGAGCGUGAAGAAAAGGAGAGACUCUUCAACGAGCAUAUCGAGGCACUGACAAAAAAGAAGAAGGAGCUGUUCCGGCAACUUCUAGAUGAGACGACUAUGGUCACAUUGACCUCGACAUGGAAGGAGGUCAAAAAGACCAUCAAAGAUGAUCCAAGAUGUCUGAAGUUUUCAAGCAGUGAUCGGAAAAAGCAGAGGGAGUUUGAAGACUACAUCAAAGACAAGCACAUCACAGCGAAAGCAGACUUCAGGACUCUGCUGAAAGAGACCAAGUUCAUCACAUACAAAUCUCGUAAGUUGAUGCAGGAAUCCGAGCAGCACCUGACAGACAUAGAGAAGAUUCUCCAGAACGAUAUGCGCUACCUGGUGCUGGACUGUGUCCCAGAGGAAAGACAGAAGCUCAUCAUGGCAUAUGUGGAGGAGCUGGACCGCAGAGGUCCUCCUCCCCCGCCUACAGCGUUUGAGCCUGCCCGACGCUCCACUAAGUGAUCUCCUAAAUCACAGACUGACACACACACAUAUAUACACACACACACACACACACACACAUACACACUCACUCCUGCCAGACCUUCAGCUUCUCCCACCAGUAGCCUUCAGACUGCCAUCCGUUCUUCAAGCAUUCUCUUGGUCAGAAACCUAAUGAGCAAUCUCUAACCGUCCCUGUGACGCUGGCUCUCAGCCAAGCUUUCGGUAAAGCCUUCAGCUUUGGUCAUGACUUCUGUUCCACCCCGAGCUGUCUGAAUGGACUGAUGUAAGGCUUCACGACUGGAUGACGAGAGGAAGCAGGUGUGCUGGUGACAUUUAGCCACAGGCCAAGUAUCUGCCGAGACCGACUGUCCAACCCGAUUAAGAGGGUGAUGGCGUCACCUCGGGAUCAUUUCCACGCGCAGACCAAACCCACCUGAUCCCACUGGCAGGAUGGGAGCGAACACCAGCAGCACAGGGCCAGCUGUGUCUGUGUACUGCCAGUGUGGAAGCCCAUGAGAGGUGUUGGGGGUAGCAGAGGAGGGCUAACUCAUCGCAACCCGUUUAUCGGCUCGUGCUGGCCCCUCACACCUGCUGCCUGUGGCUUUAUCCUGCUCCUCUGUGCCCCUGCUCAUGACUCAUGAGCUCUUUCCUUUUGGCUUUUGUAUCAACAGUUGUAUUGUAGAAACUGGGAAGAUCCUUUUUUUUUUUUUGUUCUUGUCUCUGGUGACUGUGGUCAUCCAACUGGUGCAUUCAGCUCCUGGAGCCUCUCUGUGCGUCUGUCAUUUUAAUUGACAACUUGGUUAAAAUGUAAGAUAUUUUUAAAAUAAUUAUUAGGUGUGUAUUCACUGAGUCCCUUAACUCUAUGUGAUGUUGGUCUGUGCAACAGUGACAGUUGACAGAGUCAGCUGAUAGUAAGGUUUAAUUUAACUGUUCCAAUGUUUUUGAAAAGAUAACUUACAUUUUUGGAGUUGCUGUGUUUCUGUACAAGUUGACUGGAAUAAAGGCACCCUACUUUUUUACAUA